AUGAGCAGCACUGUCAGCCAAUGCACAUCAUGCCCAGAUAUAGCUUAUAUCCCUUUAUAGAUUUCUUUAUCGAGCGAAAUGUACUGGAUUAUUGAACGACCAAGAGAGACUCUAUUAAAGGAACGGGCUGGAUAUCUAUAUCAGGAAGUGCUAAAAAGUGACAUGUCAAAAAAUGGUGACAAGUCUGAAAAAAGUUGACAAGUAAACGCGCCAAUUUUUAAAAUGGAUUUAUUAUUAAAAUAAUUUUUUAAACUUAAGAUAUUUUAAUUUUAAUCAAAAUUUAAUUAGGCUAAGUACACAUCAUAUGAGUCGAUAAGAACCAUUUUUUGACAUGCCACUUUUUAGCACUUCCUGAUAUAGAUAUCCAGCCCGUUCCUUUAAUAGAGUUCUCUUGGUCGUUCACUAAUCCAGUACAUUUCGCUCGAUAAAGAAAUCUAUAAAGGGGUAUGAGCUAUAUAAAUUGCAAAAUUUGCGAAGACAGAGGAAGUGGGAACACUUGCCUUGGAUGCUCUAAAGAAUUGAGAUUAAUCUCUCCAUUAAAUAUAAAGAAAACUUCUUGUUGUGGUGAUGGAAAAUAUGUUAGCUCUACCCAGGUGGAAUGCGCAAAUUGCGCUGAUCCGAAUUGUAAUUUUUGUGAAGACCGCGGAAGUGGGGAUUAUUGUCUCAAGUGCUAUAAUCUCUUUUCUAUCACAACAAUUGCCAAAAUAAAGAAAACCUCUUGCUGCUCAUCUAAGCUAUACUGAAAUAAUUAUAGCCAUUCUUGCGAGGAUUGUGAUUCAAAAUGCUCAGAAUGCACUGACUCAAAAACUAAUUGUCUUACAUGUGUAGAUCAAAUCAAUAUGAGCAGCCCUCCAGCCUGUGAGUGUCCAAGCAAUAUGUAUUUUGACGGAAGCUCCUCAUGUAAUCCUUGUGAACAAAAUUCAGCUGAUAAUUCUUAUUUUUGUGGAAAUCAGACAGAAAAAACGUGCAAAAGUUCUAAGGUUGGCUUUAAUUUGGGCUUUAAUGACAAUAAAAUUAUCGUUAAUUUUGCAUCAAAAUUAAAGAGAGAUUUACAGAAAAAAUUUUUUAUUGUUAAGUUUUUGAAUGAAACUACUUAUGAUACAGAAAAUUGUACUUUGAUAAAAAUAAAUGAGACACGCUAUGAAAUCGAAACAAGCAUUAAGGACUGCGACUUACCUAUCUUUGUUAACCUGACUUUUGGAUUUAGCUAA